AUGGCUCUUAAGCGCAUCAACAAGGAGCUCACUGACCUCGGCCGUGACCCGCCGUCCUCUUGCUCUGCUGGCCCUGUCGGCGAAGACCUGUUUCACUGGCAAGCAACAAUUAUGGGACCGGGCGACUCACCAUACUCCGGCGGCGUCUUCUUCCUUGCAAUUCACUUUCCCACCGACUACCCUUUCAAGCCCCCCAAGGUCAACUUCACCACCCGUAUCUACCACCCCAACAUCAACUCCAAUGGCAGCAUCUGCCUGGACAUUCUACGAGACCAGUGGAGCCCUGCUCUUACCAUCUCCAAAGUGCUUCUCUCUAUCUGCUCCAUGCUGACAGAUCCGAACCCCGACGAUCCUCUUGUGCCUGAGAUUGCUCAUGUAUACAAGACCGACCGACCCCGAUACGAAGCCACGGCUAGGGAGUGGACCCGGAAGUACGCUGUGUAG